AGCCUAAGCUUCGAACUGUCGCACACGUCUCCGACGACGCAAUGAUGAAGAUCCUUUGUAUGUACUGCCUUGAAUACUAACAAAGAUACAAAGGAUCUUCAACGCCCUAGUGACUUCCGCUUAAGGGGGUAAAUCUAAAGCUAGGAAGCACCAGAUAAUCAAACAAGAUGGACGGCAGCGGUGCUGGCGUUCCCCUCCUCUUGGGAACAACUGCAGACGGAGAGAACCUUUCAGAAAAGAGACCCACUGGUGGUGUGCGCGACUUCUUACACGAGAAAGAUUCAGCAGUGGAAGAUGAGAAACUCGCUCUUCAAACGGUAUUAUCAGAGCUCCAACUUUCUCCUGUCAUAAGGCCAGGGGAAUCUACUGGGACGAGGGGUGCCGGAGCUUUGUCAAGCGACACUUUGUUACACACUUUUGGAGGAGAGGACUUUUCAUUUUUUCUAGGAGAUGAUGACCAAGAACAAAGGACUAGGUCAUCAUUAUUAGGAGGAGGUAAAAAUAUCGUGGAAGGAGCAGGAGC